AUGAAACGGUUCCUUAUAUUUUCGUUACUAGUGUGUUUUUUUAUAAUAGAAAUAAAUGGCUUGAAAUUACCCGGGCCUUUAGUGUACGUGGUGACACCUUCGCCGAGGCCUCCGAAGAACGAUGAAGGUAGAUCAGCGCCCUUCUACUAUCACUCCUGGAUGCGACGAAUGGACUCACCGCCAAAUACGACAACGACUACAACGACACCGAAAACGAAGACGCCUGAUUUAAUAUUUGCAGAGUUUGAAUCUGGCAACAACAUGAAAUCAAUUCGUAAAUUGCUUGAAAGGGAGAGGAUUCAACCCAAAACGACGACGACAACGACUACCACGACGACUUCAAGACCUAUCUACGUUCCUGACGAAGACACCGAUGAUGUAACACGUGUUGUUAAUUAUGGAUUACCAGUAACAACGGAGAAGAAAGAGACGAAACCUGACAGUGAUUCCAACGAUUAUUUUUCAAUGUAUAAUUCGUUGUACAACAAUGCUCAAUUCCCAGCAUACUUACCAGCUACCACAACCACAACUACCACCAGUAGGCCUACAACCACUACUAGUGCACCUACAACCACUAGUGCGCCUACAACCACGACGACAACAGCCGCUCCAUUAGUUAACGUCCAAAAUAUUUGGCAUAUUAUUGACAACGAGAAAUACAAUCAAUAUUCAGGAAAGUGGGAGGAGGAACCCGUUGCCAAUGAAAAUAAUCAAGAAGCUUCGGGUGAGCGACAUCAGCUCAUUAAUGUUGAAAAUGAGGAACAAAACGAUGAUAAUGAUAAGGAAGAUGUACCAGUGGAUGAAAACUUCGCUUUACCUGGAUUUGGCACAAAUCCUGGAAAUGGAGCUGAAAAUGAAUCUCGGGCAAUCCGUACCGAACCGAAUAUACGGUUUCCUUACAUCAAUUUAAAGCCAUUCCAAAUGCAAAAACAAAAGAAACCAUUAACCAGCACCUUUUCGAAUAGUAAGAAGGGCAACAAUAUGUUUACAAACUUAGAUAAUUUCCAUGAUCUAAAAAAUCCAACUAGAGGAGAAGCGCAAGAUGUUUCGAUAUCUCAAGGGAUCGACCGAUACAAUCCAGCCCAACCCUACCUACCGCAGCCCGACUACGGAGGUUAUUCGAAACAAUCAAGUGGGCCAAAAGCACCAGUGAAAGCAGUAGCAAACUUAGUACCCCCGCCGCCACCACCUCCGCCAAAACUUACCGAUAACGAUUUCCCUGCCCCGGAUAGUUACGAUUCAUUUCCUCCGUACGCACCUGCUCAAUCUCUACCAGCACCUCCAGCGCCACCAGUACAGCCUGCCCCACCUCCUCCACCGCCUCCGCCUUCAAGACCAGUAGUGUCUAUGUAUCAACCUCCAGUAGUCGAUUCAUCCGAUGAUUUAGGUUCCGAUGCACCUCCCAGCGACAACAGUGGACCACCGACUGAUAUUGGGUACCGAUACAAGCAACCUCAGACGAAUUUUUUGCCUACGCUUCCACCCUUGUCAAAACCUUUCGGUGGAUACUCUUACGACAAACCAACUAUGACCGUUGAUACCCCACCUGCUAUGGAUAUAGGAGACAAACCAGACUUCCAAGGUUACCAUUACAGUAAGCCAGCCCCCCCAGCACCGGUACAAGAUCAUCCACCCGCAAGUUACGGUGGCCACGGUCCUUCUUAUCAUCAUGAGUCUGAUUACCCAGAUUUGGUAUUUGAUAAGCCACAUGGCGGAGCAGGUCACAUUAAAGGUGGAGACGAUAUGAGUGGAGGCAUGGCUCCACCCCCUCUACCUGAUUCAAAACCUGAUCACGGACCGCCAAUGGAUAGUGGACCGCCAAUGGAUGACCAUGGAUUUCCUCACGACUUCCCCGGCGAUUUAAAGUUCCACCACGAUUUUGACGACGAUCAUGUUUACCAUCAUCAUCACCCCCAUCCUACUUCUACUGAACAACCUCGUGUUAACCGAUACAGUUACUAUUAUUUAGGAAAGAAAUUGUACUAUCUGCCGUUGUAUUUCAGUGUUUAUUUCAUUAUAUACGUUGGUGCUCUUAUCAUUAAGGCUGUACUUCGACAUAAAAUUGUGUAUCCUAACAGCUGGCGACCAAAUGAUAUGACGGCGUCGUUCUUCUCGAAGCGAUCAGUAGAUUCUUGGGAUAUGUCUCAUGAAAAACUGCACGAUAUUACUGGAAGAGUCACACGUGCUAUUGCUACAGCCGCUGAAAAAUAUAUGAACGAGAAAAAAGAACAAUAG